UCAGUAUACUGUGGUCAGUAUGCCUCUGGAAGUCGAAUUGUAUGGGUGAUGCCGUUCCAUGGUGCGCUGCUACUGCCAGCCACUAAAGCAAAAAAAAAUAAGGAAAUGCAAUUUAUUAAGUCUAAAAUCAAAGGAAUGGAACAUUGCAUUCUUUUGUGGUGCUAAGAAAUAUAGAAAUGGUCAUGCGAAGGCAAAUAAUUGCAAGAUGUAUUAUAAUCAUGCCUCUAUAUAGUAUUGUAGUAAAAGUUUGACUAAAAAAUUCGCAUUCGUUGUUUGCACAGUUGCUCCAAAUUCGCGAGAAGGUGGCCUCCCAAUUUUCAUCGAAAAGUGAAAUGUAUGACACCAUGAAAAAAUGUGUAAUGGAAAAUGAAAUAAAGUGAAGUUGUGAAAAUUUGCAGAAAGUAAAUUUAAGGAAUUUGCAGUGAUUGUGUGGAAAGAUAAACCAAAGUAAUUGGGCAGUGUCAGGGGGUAUGAGUAUGUAUGAGUAUAUAUGGCCGCGAGCCAAAAACUACGCUGCUUCAUACAUAUGUAACUAUGCACAUCCAUACAUAAAUACAAAGUCAUAAGCAAAGUGGAAAACAAAAAAAUAAAUUAUUCAUUUCGAUUCGUUGAGUUGUGAUGUCUGACUGAUGGACCACGGUCGGUUAGUCGGGCGGUCGGUCAGUCGGUCUUCCAUGUGCAUAGGAAAGUGAUACGGUUUAUAAAAUUAUACACACAAAGAGGAGAUGAAAAUCUCAAGCCAUUAUCUAAUUCCGCUACUAAUUGAAUAAAUUGACGAGUACAAUAACAAAUUGAACGCAUUCGCUAGCAAUCAAAACAGCAAGCACCAAAGCUUACAACAACUCAAAUAACCAACCUACAUGCUUAAGUUGUGUGCCAGCAAAUGCUGUAAAAGUACAUAGGCUGGUCGAAAGCAUAACGCUAUGUUUCAGUAAGCAGAAAAGGCAUAAAAAUCGAUGAACUUUCAUCAAUAUAAUACCCCGGUCUGAAGUCAGAAAGUUUUUUUCUGAGCUAGACGUUGAUUAAGAGCGCUCCCAAGGAGUGCCAUUUCAGUCAUCUAAACAGUUGCGGCGCUGUGAGCAAGAAGAAGAAGAAACACAUUACAUUAACAAUCGACGGAAGCGCGCAAACACGCAACGGUUGAAGGAAAUGCAGGAAAAUCGAUUUCCCAUUGUUUUUAGUGGUAUAACAUAUAAACAUACGAAAAGUUAGGCAGUAAAAAAUGGGGAUAUGCCUGCAAAAGUUGCAUAGGCUUGACAUUUCAGCAAAGGCGAAUUUGGCUAAAUGCAACUACAGUAAAAAAACACAGUCACCGAAUUGAUGAUUGCUAAGCGUACAACGAAUUAUACAUUGGGCUGUAAUUAAACACAAGCCCAAGCAGCAGCAACGCUAAAGCGGCAGCUGCAAAAUCAAAAAUGAGGGUUCGUAAAAUACCCUUACCGUUGCCAAACACGGGAUUCAUGCAUCGCAAACGAAAUACCUAUUACAUACGUGGAAUUCUGGUGGUAUCACUCGUGGUAUUCGUACUAAUGCAGCUGCAUGUAUUUAACUACACUGAUUCUCGUGAAAUGCCGAUGAUUAGUGAACCAGCCAACGAUUCAAUAGAUGCGAUGCUCUCAAUGGUGCCAUCAGUUUUGCAUAAGUUUCUAACGCCCAAAUCUAGAAACCACACAGCAGCCGCACAUAUGCAGCAUAAUAACACCAGUACGGGUAGAUAUAAUGCCUCUUAUAUGGAUUAUUAUCAUCCUCCAAAUAUUUCGGAGAUAAAGCAACAAAUCGCCAAGUAUAAUGAACUGCAAAUAGUUUUAAAUGAGGACACAUAUGGUCCGCUACAAAAUGAUUCUGUGAUAAUUGUAAUACAGGUGCAUACACGUAUAACCUACCUACGCCAUUUGAUCGUUAGUCUGGCGCAGGCCAAGGACAUUUCUAAGACUUUAUUAAUAUUCUCGCAUGACUACUACGACGAUGACAUCAAUGAUUUAGUGCAAACUAUUGAUUUCUGUAAGGUCAUACAGAUAUUUUAUCCUUACUCCAUACAAACUCAUCCGAAUGAGUUUCCUGGCGUAGACCCGAAUGACUGUCCGCGUGACAUGAAGAAGGAUCACAAUUUUAUUACAUUCUUUUUGAACAGAGCCAUCGUACGCAAAUGCAAUAAUGCCCUCUACCCCGACCUAUACGGGCAUUACAGGGAAGCGAAGUUUACACAGACAAAACAUCAUUGGUGGUGGAAGGCGAAUCGUGUAUUUGACCAGUUGGAUGUGACACGUUAUCAUACUGGUCUGGUAUUGUUCCUAGAGGAAGAUCAUUAUGUGGCCGAAGAUUUUCUCUAUCUCCUCGAAAUGAUGCAGUCUUCAAUAGGCAGUUUAUGUCCGCAGUGCGAUAUACUUUCGCUGGGCACAUAUUUAAAGACCUUCAACUACUACACAUAUAAUAGUAAAACUAAUAAGAAAUCCCUUAGCAGUCAAUAUGCUUCCUCGCUGCUCACUUCCAGCAAUUUAUUAGGAUAUAAUCGCAAUAAAAAUAGAAACUCACAGCAAUUGUCAUCGCACGCAUCGUCAUCGUCAUCGUCCACAUCAGCUGCGAAUAGUUUUAAUAAAAAGUAUUUUAACGAAAAUAAUAAAGAUAAAGUCUAUGUCGGUGAUACACUCACCAACAACAACAACAACAACAACGCACACAUCAUUAACAACCACCACAAUACCAUUAUCACUUCCACCACAACCACAACAGAUAAAAGCGCCGCACAGCAAUCGUGGAGUUAUCACGUGCUACCAUCACUGUAUUCUGUCUAUCAGAAGGUUCUUUACCGUACAUCACAUAUGCCAAAGCCACCAACACAAACUAAAUUUCUUGAGGUAUCUACUGAUCUGUAUCUAUAUUAGAUGACACCAAUUUACUUAGCAAAAGUUAAUAUUCAGCAAGAAAAAGAACACAGCAAAUAUUUAGAUUUUACAUAGAUUCGAAAGCAAUGAUUAGUCUUUAUUAGUGAAUACUAACCACUUUUAAUAUGUCUACUUACUUUAAUACACAGAUAUAAAUAUUCAUUUAUGUAUCGAUGUGUUAUCAAACAAAAGAUGCGAAUAUUAAAAAUUAUUUUAACACAAUACCGCUUUCUAUUAACCCAUGCAUACAUCAUAUGUAUCUAUAUUGUUGAAAGUAAGUACCCAAUAAACAUUUGGGUUGGAGGUCAAAUGGAGAUCCACUACAUAUUCCAAUGUCCAAUGUUGAUUCUCAAGUGUACCUCAAUUGGAGAACCAACCAUUUUCUAACAAAGGGGCACAUUUUUGUACAUAUUAUUAUUUUGCAAUAAUCUGAGUUUUUCAUUUGAGAAAAACUUGCAUAUUAUUUUGAGUUCAAACUUUAUUAAAAUUUAGUCAAACCUUGGGAAAUUUUUUUUAGAAAAAUGUUGUGUAUCUACUUGAGAAUCAAGAAUUUCUUUAAGAUUGAAAAAAGUGGAAAAAUGUUUGCAUUGGGCAUAGAGUAAAUGCCCUUCCACAUACAACUUUGGCGUUGCAUUGUCAUUGACAACGCUUCAAUAGCUGACUAUGAAUACAUGAAUUCCAUUGCAGCCGUUCACAUAGCAAAAAUUUGGCAACGCUAACGUCAACACAAAGCAGAAACAAGCAGAAACUCUCAACUUGUCGCGUGCGUCGUUCAUCAGCUGUUUCAAACAAAAAAAAAUUUGUGUGAAAUAUUUUUCCUUUUUAAUCAAACGCGUGCAAGAUAUAUCGUUUUCAAUGUAAUUCUUCUUCUUUAUUGGCGCUGUAACCGCCUAAGCGA